AGCCACCUCUAUUUGGCUAAGAAGGCGAGAGAAAGGAGAACCAGGAAACGCCCGAGAUAAAUAAAUCCAAAAUUCCUUUUUUAUUUUUUUGUUUUUUCCCAUUUCUCCCACGAUUCCUUCUCCAGUCUCCCGUUCCAGUGGAUUCACUUGCCAUUGGAAUCUGCUAAAAGAAAGAAGCGCAGGUGGUGAGUUCUCUUAACGACCUCCACGAUUCAGAUUGUUGGCAGAAGAAAAUCUCUGGUGAAGUGUUCAUGGCUGCUGGCAUGGCCCUGUGCACUUCUAGCCAACUUCCUCAGUUGAUGCAACCCACUGUCAAGAACAUCUGCAUAGGGCUAAUUAUUCAUCAGAAACCAUUUGUAUCUGUUACCCUCCAAAGAAACCAGCAUCAGUGUGUUCCACAUGCACACGUAUUGUCUCGCAGGUUCAUCGUCUGUGCUACUACUGAAGGUUCUGCAAAAUCAAGCAAGUCAGAUGAACAAAUUCCCUCUUGGGCUAGACCCGAUUCAGAUGAACCUCCACCUUGGGCGCGUGAUGAGGGCAGUGGAAGCACAUCACAAUCAACAUUUCAGAUUCCUUUCUAUGCAUAUCUUCUUGCAUCAGCUUUUAUUGCUAUAGCAGCGAUUGGCUCCAUAUUUGAAUAUGCUAACAAGAAUCCAGUUUUUGGAGUCCUGAAAUCAGACAGUAUCUUUUAUGCACCGUUGCUUGGUUUCUUUGUUUUCACUGGGAUACCGACCUCUGCCUUUCUGUGGUUCAAAUCUGUUGAAACUGCCAACAAAGAAGCUGAGGAGCAAGAUAGGAGAGAUGGAUAUCGGUAAAUCAAAACAUCAUUUGGUCCCUUUUCAUCUCUUGCUAUAGCGCAUUGAUUUCUCAUCACAUGGAACAAGUUUGUAAGAGUAGAAAUGUUUUUCAGCAUUCUCAUUUCAACUCACAUCAUCAUGCCUGUAAAUUUCUCAUCACUUUCACCUCCAUCUCUUCGUGUAAUCGGCAAUGAGCUGAAUGGGCGAAUGUUUCAUAUUGUAUCUCCCUGCUGUGCGAUCAAUGUGUCAUGCGACCAAACUCCUAGAUUUCGAGAUCAA